AAACUCUCGUUUAUUUAAACAAAAAGUUAAUAAUUAUGUUGUUUUUAUAAAUGCUAGUCAUGUUAGAGAAGAUAUAUUUUAUAUUAUUACUUUUUGUUAUAAUAACCAAAUGCGUUAAAACUGAAAUAUUAGAUGAUUGUAAUUUAGCUACAGAUUUGAUAAAAGAAAUACAAUCCUACAGACCUACCGUGAACAGAAUCAUAGAUUCCGUCACAAAGGGGAAACACAAAGGAAAAGUUUAUAAUGAAUUGGUUGAUUUUGUGGAUAAAUUUGGUGCCAGAGUAUCGGGAACGAAGAAUUUGGAGGAUUCUAUUGAUUAUCUAAUUGAAUUAAUGAAAAACAAUGGUAUAAAUAAUAUUCGGGGAGAGAAUGUGACUGUACCGCAUUGGAUAAGAGGAGAAGAAUAUGCACAAUUGCUAGAACCGCGAAGAACAAAAAUUGGCGUUUUGGGUUUAGGUUCGACAGUUCCAACCCCUCCAGAAGGAUUGCAAGCUGAGGUUUUAGUUGUAAGAUCUUUUGAAGAAUUGAAUCAACCAAAUGUUUCCGCUGCGGUUAGAGGUAAAAUAGUGGUAUUCAACUAUCAAUUUGAGCGUUAUGGUAAAUCUGUGCAGUACAGAAGUUCAGGAGCAGCAGAAGCAUCAAAGCAUGGAGCAGUUGCGGUUCUUGUCAAAUCUGUGGCACCAUUUUCUAUGUACACGCUUCAUACUGGGUAUCAAAGGCAUCAAACGGGUGUCAAAAAAAUACCAGCUGCAUCCAUUACUAUCGAAGAUGCAAAUAUGUUUCAAAGAUAUCAGGAUAGGGGACAAAAAAUAAUAUUGAAAUUAAAUAUAAAUUCUGAAACUCUACCAGAUGCAAUAUCAAGGAAUGUUAUAGCAGAAAUAAGGGGAUCUCAAAAGCCGAAUAAAAUUGUUGUCGUUUCGGGUCAUUCUGACAGUUGGGAUGUUGGUGUUGGAGCUAUGGAUGACGGUGGUGGUGCCUUUAUUUCUUGGUAUUCGCUUGCAUUACUUAAUGAUCUUGGAUUGAAGCCAAAGAGAACCAUCAGGUUAAUUCUAUGGGCGGCUGAAGAACCAGGUUUUAUAGGAGCACAAGCUUACGAUAAGGUGCAUAAAAAUGAACUGAGUGACUUUACUUUUGUUAUGGAGGCUGAUGAAGGAACUUUCACUCCCUUGGGGAUAGAAUAUACUGCUGGUAAAAAAGGAGGCUGUGUAUUAAAAGAAAUUGUCAAGUUAUUAGCACCCAUAAAUGCUACUAAAGUUCAAUAUUCGAAUUCAGUCGGAUCAGAUAUCGCUAUGUGGGCUCAAAAAAUACCAAUAGCGGGAUUAUUAAACGAUAAUAGACAUUAUUUUUGGUACCACCAUUCAGCGGCAGAUACUAUUGACAUUUUAGAUUCUGAUACUCUUGAUAAAGCUACUGCGGUUUGGGCUGUUGUAGCAUACGUAGUAGCAGAUUUACGUGAUGAGUUUCCUAGAGAAUUUGAAGAUAUUUCGAAGCUGACUAGUGUUAGUUUAUUAAAUAAAUUAAAGGAUGCUCAGCAAAAACAUAAUUGAGGCUAGGAAAUUCGUAUGGUGCAUUAAAUAGUUUCAAGUAGUUCUCAUUGUUAAAACUUUAUUUUUUUAUUUGUUUCAAGGUAACAAUUUUUUAAUAUUUGAUUAUGGUAAAUUUGGUGUUUGUUAUUAGUUGACAUUACCAAUAAAAAAUUGUUUUCUAUGACAUCAUAUCAUGA